AUGCUUAUUCUUUACAACAGAGAGCUGCUGAGGUCGUCACCGGUCAUCCGCAGGAUGCUGGUCACGGGACUGGGCGUCCAGUUCUUCCAGCAGGCCACCGGCAUUGACGCGCUGGUGUACUACAGCCCGACCAUAUUCCGCGACUCCGGCAUCACGACGGAGAGCCAGCUCCUGGGCGCCACCGUCGUGGUGGGCGUGGUCAAGACGGUGUUCAUCGUGAUCGCCAUCGUCCUCGUCGACCGCGUCGGCCGGAAGCCGCUGCUGUACGUCAGCACGGCCGGCAUGACGGCGUGCCUCGCCUUGCUGGCCGCGUCGCUGUCUCUGCUGAAGAGCGGCGCGCUGCCGGGCGGCGUCGCCGUCGGGCUCGCCAUCCUCACGGUGUGCGGCUUCGUGGCUUUCUUCUCAGUGGGGAUGGGGCCCAUCAACAUGGUGCUGAGCUCGGAGAUCUACCCGCUGCGGCUGCGCGCGCAGGCCGUGGCGGCCGGCUUCGCGCUCAACCGGAUGGCCAGCGGCGCCGUGGCCAUGUCAUUCCUCUCCAUCUGCCGCGCCGUGACCGUCGCGGGCGCGUUCGCCGCGUUUGCGGCCGUGUCGGCGCUGUCGGUGGCGUUCGUGCACCUGUGCGUGCCCGAGACGAGCGGCAAGACACUGGAGGAGAUCGAGUCGCUGUUUGGUGGCGGCGGUGUGAGCGUGACGCACGGCGGCUCCGGCGAGGUGGAGCUCGGCGAUGCCGAGCGGCUUGAGCACAAGAGGUAG